UUGUUUUUCAAACGAUCAGCAACAUGCAAUUAUCUUCAAUCUGUGUUUUGGCUCUGGCAGCCUUUUUCCUCACCAGCACGGUCGAGUCGGCUUCGCGUCGUUUGCCUAUUUUAGUGGAAAGUGAUAAUAGUUUGCGUUUGGAAAAUCCUAAUGCAAGAGCUGAAAAUGAGGCAACUGUCUUAAAUUAUCGUUUACCUAAUUCCACCUAUCCGGAACACUACGAUAUUACUCUGACCACAAAUGUUCACACGGGUGAAAAGCCAUUUAAAGGUGUAGUCGUUAUUGAUAUUGUCGUGGUUGAGCCUACGACCACAAUUGUUAUACAUGCACGUAAACUUGAUCAGAAUUUUGAAGUGUCAAUUGCAAAUCCUACAUCGGGAGAAUCGGAGGAAUUAACUUGGGAAUAUGAGUUGGUACGUGAAUUUUUAACAUUGAAACGUAAAACUGAAGAACCAUUUGCUGCUGAUACUAAAUGGAAAUUAACCAUUAAAUAUAGCGGUAAUUUGCGUGAAGAUAAUGGUGGUUUCUAUUUGUCUACUUAUACUGAUGCCGAAGGCAAAGAUCGUUACUUGGGUACAACUCAAUUCGAAAGUACCGAUGCUCGUCAUGCCUUCCCCUGUUAUGAUGAACCCGCCCUACGUGCAAAUUUCACCAUAACCAUCAAUCACAGUCCCACCUAUACAGCCAUUUCAAAUAUGCCCGUUAAUGAAGCUUUAUCCAGUCCCGGUAAAACUGUAUUCUUAACUACAGAUCGUAUACCCACCUAUAUAGUGGCGUUUAUUGUAUCCGAUUUUGAAUACACUGAAGGUAUCUUAAAUGGUAUACCACAACGUGUCUAUUCCCGUCCUAGUGCUAAAAACGAACACGAAUGGGCUGUCGUAUCGGGCAUGUUGAUAACCGAACGUUUGGCUGAAUAUUAUAGUGUUGAUUUUAUGUUGCCCAAAAUGGAUCAAGUUGCUAUACCAGAUUUUGCUGCUGGUGGUAUGGAAAAUUGGGGUUUAGCUACCUACCGUGAGGAAUAUAUGUUGUAUAAUAAGGAUACCUCCACAGUUUUUACGCAAACCAAUAUUGCCAGUAUUUCUGCACAUGAAAUUUGCCAUCAAUGGUUUGGUGAUUAUGUUGCUAUACAAUGGUGGACAUAUUUGUGGCUGAAAGAAGGUUUCGCUACAUUGUUUUCUUAUAGAGCUUUGGAUGAUGCUUAUCCAGAAUGGGGUGUAUGGCAAGAAUUCCAUGCCAGUGAUUAUCAAACUGCUUUGACCAGAGAUGGCAGUGAUAAUCCUAGACCCAUGACCCACUAUGUGCAAAAACCCAAUGAAAUUUCCAGUGUUUACGAUUCAGUUUCUUAUGGUAAAGCUGGUUCUGUAUUGUACAUGUGGAACAAUGCUUUAACCGAUAGAGUAUUCAAACAAGGUCUACACAACUAUUUGACCGUAAAUCAAUAUAGCGCCGCUGUAGAAGAACAACUUUUCACUGCUAUACAAACUGCUGCCAAGGAGGAAGAUUAUUCAAUUCCCGCUACCAUUAGCGAAAUGAUGGGCACUUGGUCACGUCAGGGAGGUUAUCCUUUAUUGACCGUUACCCGUAACUAUAACGAUGGUACAUUCACUGUUAAACAAGAAGCCUUCCAUAAUGAUGAAACUAUAAAAGAUUCCAAAACUUGGUUUGUACCCAUUAACUUUGCUGUUGCUUCCAAUCCAGAUUUCCGCGAUACUGAGGCUACACAUUAUUUAUUGAAUGUUACCGAAAUCAAGGUGGACAAUGUUAAAAUUGCCAAGAAUGAUUGGUUGAUACUUAACAAACAAUCCACCGGUUAUUAUCGCGUUACAUACGAUAAGGAAAAUUGGAACCUUAUUAUCGAUGGAUUGAUUGAAAGACCCUAUAGGAUUCAUCCUCGUAAUCGUGCUCAAUUGAUGCAUGACGCUUAUCGUCUAAGCGCUUCUAAUCGUUUGGAUCAUACCAUAGUCUUAAAGAUGAUGACCUAUUUGCAAAAAGAAGAUCAAUAUGCUCCCUGGUCAACAGCCAAUGGUAUUAUUAACAUCUACAAUCGUUAUUUGAGUGGCGACGCUAAAUAUGAUGAUUUGAAGCGUUUUGUAGCCGAACAAAUUGGUCCUAUCUAUGAGAAAUUGGGUGUUAAUGAUGUUCCUGGUGAACAUCAUUAUCAAAAAUACACACGCAAUGUAGUCAUCAAUUUGGCUUGUUUGGCUGGUGUUAAGGAUUGUUUAGAAGAAACCAAUAACAAAUUGAAGGCCUUGGUUAAGGAUAAUACACCCAUUGAACCGAAUCUACAAACACCCAUCUAUUGCAAUGGUCUCAAACAAUCUGGCGAUGAAGAAUUCGACUUUGUCUAUAAUAAGCUUAUGGAUUCUACUGACCAAGCUUUACGCCGUUUACUCAUUUCUGCCUUGGGCUGCUCACAAGAUGAAAAACACAUUAAAAAACUCAUUGAAAGCUCCAUUGAUGAGACAAAUAAAUUGCGCAAACAAGAACGUUAUACUCUACUUAGUCCCGCCUAUUCUCGCGGUGAGGUAGGUCUUUUGGCCUGCAUUGAGUUCUUGAAUGACAACUGGAAUGAAUAUGCUCAAUUAAAGAGUGGCUUUGGGGGCUCAAAUCCUUUGGAUGAUGAUAUUCGUGGUAUGGCUUCCUAUGUGGUCAACAAGAAACAAGAAGAAAAACUUUUAGCUUUAGUAAAUAAAGUUAAGAAGAGUGAAUAUGUCACCGCUAGUUUGGAAACUGAUGUUAAAUCAUCGAUUGCCGACAAUUUCGAAUGGCUGGAAGAUAAUCGUGAACCUCUUAUGUCAUGGAUUGCCCAAUAUUAUGCUGGUAAUAGUGGCAAUAAUGGCGAUGAUGGCAGUGCUAGCCUAACAACAUCAGCCGUAUUGAUUGCCACGGCUUUGAUGAUGGCUUUGACACGCCUAUUUUAAUUUUAAUAAAACUACUCUAGUACAAUUAUCUAGAUUUUAAAUAAUUAUUGUAUAUAAGUAUUAAAUUUGAUAUACAAUAUUUGAGUAUUAAUUAUUAUUUCUUUUUA